AUGGCUCCUCCGCCGCGCUUGCGCAUUUUAUCAGUUGGCAGCAACGCUAUUUCGGCUUUCCUCUCCUGGAGACUUCAGGCAACAACCUCAUGCGACGUGACACUGGUGUGGAAAUCUGGGUUCGAGGCCGUGGCCCAAUACGGAGUAUCCUUCAGAUCAAAAGCAUUUGGUAAUGAGCGGUUUAGACCUCGACAUGUGGUCCGUACACCGGAAGACGCGGCGUCCCGAGAGAAUGCGUAUGACUAUGUCAUCUUGUGCGUCAAGGCCUUGCCUGAUAUCUAUGAUAUGGCUGCGGUCAUCGAAUCCGUCGUUACCCCUCAGCAUACGUGUAUCCUCCUGAACACGACAAAUACGAUUGGGGUCGAGUCACACCUCGAACAGCGAUUUCCUACAAAUGUCGUUCUUUCCCUUGUAUCGGGUGUGGAGAUAUCUCAGAUCGGAGCGAGCGAGUUUGAGCAUUUGAACUCGUCUGAUAUUUGGAUCGGUGCCACAAACAAGCAAAACAGCGUUCCUAGCUCGAUUCAGAAUGAUAUGGCUUCCGCAUUAGCGAUGACACUAGGAGCAGGGCAGGUGAAUUGCACCGUGUCGAAUAAUAUUAGACAAGAACAGUUUGAGCGCAUGAUAGGGCCAAUUGCGUUUUACCCAACCAGUGUAAUGUUUGAAACAUCCAAUCACGCACAGCUCCUCGAGAAAGUCGGUGUGCGCCAGCUAGUCACAGAUGUUAUUGAGGAACUCCUCGAGCUCGCGAGGGCGAACGGCUGCUCGUCCCCAAGCGACUUCUGUGAAAAGACGAUCGAAAAAAUGACUGCAAACGGACCACCAAGCAAAAUGUACCAAGACUUCCAGUCUCGCCGCCCGAUGGAAAUAGAGACCUACCUUGGAUCUCCGAUCAAAUUAGCGACCGAAUCAGGUGUCCGGAUCCCGCGAGUUGAGACCCUCUAUGCGGUGCUCCAUCAUAUCAAUACCACCAAUCUGAACAAACCGCCCGCAGGCGACUCUCCACCGGUUGUGGCGGCUCAACCGCCACCACGGAUGUCGUCAGCCCCUCCACCGAGAUCGAUGAAUGGUACCAUGCGUGCGGGUCCUAGUAUUAGAUCAGUCUCGGGUAUGCCAAUGCCCCCAAGACGUGGACCGCCCAUACCUGGGAUGUCGAGGCCGCCUAGCGGCCAGCCGCAGUCUGCCAGAAUUCCCCGUGAGCCUUCCUUGGAGGGUCUCGAGGAGUUCAGUCACCUUGUCGUUUAUGAUGAUUCUGGUGACGGUGGGCUACCACACCCCAAUGGCAGCAAUGGUUUCCCUGACAUGCCGCCCGGUCCGUCUGGGUCUGCGGCUGAUCUGGCCCUAAGGGAGCGAGAAUUGGCACUUCGACAACGAGAAUUGCAGCUUCGCGAGCAAGAAAUGAGUAUGCGGCGAGGCCCUCGAAGACCGCCCCCGCCAAAAUCUACCUUCGAUGAGGAGGAUGAAGACGAUUACGUGGACCCUAUGGAUAACCUAGCAAUUCCGGUUUUGGACCCUGACAGUGUGGAUAUGAUGAGCAUCACAUCGCGAAGGACAAAGAAAGCCCCGAGUGCGAGCCAACUGCGCAGGAACCCAGAGAUGGGCGCAAAUCCUUCCGGCAGUAGACCUGGAUCGUCUUUCAGUCGGUACUUUGGCGGAGCAAGGAAGCGUACGAGUGAUCGGAUCAUGCAGGAAAUACCUGGCCUUCAUGAUUCGUUGUUGGACAACCCCAUGAUGGCAUACUCAUCCAAUCGAUAUGGUGCAGUUGAUAGGAAUCAGAUGCAGGCAGGAUCGCGUGCCAACUCUCUAACGGCAAGAGGAAUAGCCAGUCCCCCCGGGGCUCCCUACGGUGGCCCUGGCCCUCGUAUGGGCCGGCCACCGACUGCCCAAGACCAGAAUCUUGGCCCACUGCACGGUCCGCCUUAUGGCGGCCAUCCUUCGCCGCCUGGACAGAUGCGUGCGCCCGUCCCAAGAUACCCGCCUGGGCACGUUAGUGCGGUAGGUCCGCAACAAGUUGAGCAACAUUAUGGGGUGAGCAAACCGUAUUCCGCCAAGGGCACUCCCAAACAUAGAAGUCUGACCGGAAGUGCGAGCGCCAGCGCGGAGAGUGGUGAUAGCGGGGCCAGUGCGAACCUUGAUUCCGAAAACUCGGCGCAUAGUAGCCAGACCAGCUUGGGUGCUCAACCAGCUUCGAUGCGCGUUCGUUAA